AUGUCCAAGGUCGAUGUUGAUCUGGGAGAUCUCUUAGCCAAGGGGCUCCCGACCGAUGUAAAGGUCACCGUCCGCCACAUCUCGUCAACUCCGACAGCGACCCCUGCUCUCUUCGCUGCCUCUCCAGGCGAAGAGCCCGAGCCCACCUUUUGCGAGAACCACUUCCUGUCUGCAUCUGUCACCGCGGCUGACAAAGACGACGGGGCGGAGAUCAUCGUCUUCGGCAUCGAGGUGUUGGUCUACACUACGGCGCACCUGACAACCAUCUUUGUGUCCAAGGCCGAUUCUACGGGUCAUCUCCAUCUACUCAAAGCUGCCCCGAAGAGCUCGAUUCUCAGAAAGGUUACCAAUGUCUUUCUCUAUUUCCUUGUGCACACUCACCAACGACCCGGUGUUCGGCUGGUCGUGUCCCUCUUCGCCCGGUCUCAGAACCAGUACUUGUUUCCCGGGAGUAUCGAGAACCCAGAGAAGCAUGUUCUCGAUGAUCGCGGGCUAAUCAAAUGGUGGUGUCGUUCUCUGGACCCAAUCCUUCGCGAGUAUGAGCCGGAAUCUGGAUCCCAGGAGCAGGAGAAGAAGCACGAAGAGUCAACCCGUAGCUCCGCCACGGCGUAUCUCAUUGUACCUAGCUGCGACAGGUUCGAGACUCGAGGGUUCUUCCCUAGCACAGCCAAAUCAGACGAUAAGGACCGGCCUCGAUGGCUGAAUGCCUAUCCUCUUCGUCAGUUGUGCAGCAAACCUGAUGCUCCACCGCGUUCAUUGGUGCCUCGUUUCCCGGAUGAUCCGAAAACGCGCUUUCUCAUUGAUUUGGAUGAUGAGCUCCCAGAGAGUGCGAGUGGGGAAAUGGCCAGUCAGUGGAGGAGUGUGAAGUCCUUGGACCAGUUUUGGGAAAUGAUGUCCUUUCGUCAGGAGUGUUCUGCCGGGAGGUUGGUUGGAUUCCUGUGGCUUGUUAUUAACCCUCCUGGUGUUGUGAAUUCGAAUCCGAUGCUGAGCAGCAAGGCUGAGGGGUCAGAACAGGCGCAGGUCUCGGACGCUCCAAAAGGCGACAAGCCGUCAGUAUCUCAAUCAAACGAUCAGAUAAGGCCGCAGCGGGCGAGCGAUGGAAGUGCAUUCUACUGGCCGCAGGCUGCGCGAGGACAUGCGGUGUUGAACGAAGAGGAUUACAAAACAGCAAUCAACUUCCUUCUCGAGCAAGACUUUUAUAACGAGGAGGUCUCCUUUGCCAGCACGAAGGCGUUCAAUGACAAGGUUGCAGCUCUUGCCGACGAGCUUUGGAUCGGUCAGCAAGUCGUGGGAAAGAAUACCAACGACGAAUCAACAGUUCCCGCACAGACACCCACCACGCAUGCUAAUAUCGUGCUGGUUCGGAAACGGAAGAAGGACGAAGGUGCAGCAUCAAGCCAGAAUGCCCUAUUCCCGUCGCCAACGCCUAUGAUAAAGCUUCAGUCGAUUUCGGACGCCGUCGGUUUUGGAUCAGCCACCCGUCAUGGCGGACUCCAGUGGUCGGUCACACUGGGGUGGAUAGGCUUGAUCUGGUAUUCCACGGUGACGGCGGUGUGUGCUUUGGGAUAUUAUAAAUUAUGGAAACACUAUCUUGGACGCCCUCGGAAAUCCCACUCAGCUACGGCAUCGGACGCACCCCAUGUCACCGUCAUUCGACCGGUUAAAGGCCUCGAGCCGUACCUGUACGAUUGCCUGGCCUCGACGUUUCGCCAGGAAUAUCCCCGCGACAGGCUUACUGUAUGCCUUUGCGUGUCUUCCCGAAGCGACCCGGCAUACGCAACCCUGGAGAAACUGGUCGCGGACUUUCCACACGUCGAUGGGCGUGUCUACGUCGAGGAAGAGGAUCCGCUCCUCCAGCCUGAUCAUGAGCCCGCGUAUAAUCUUGGGCCGAACCCCAAGAUUCGAAACAUGACCCGCGCAUACAGGGAGGCAAAGGGCGAUAUCGUUUGGAUUGCGGACUGCAAUAUCUGGGUUGGUAAAGGGGUCUGCGGGCGCAUGGUGGACAAAUUGUGCGGUUUUGGUACAGGCUCAGGCCAGGAGAAUAAAUUUGUACAUCAUCUUCCCGUUGCUGUGGAUGUUACCGGUGCUGCUAGCUUGAAGGAGGAGCGACGUUUGUUGGAGACGAAUGGAGCGCCGGUCGCCAACGGAAACGAUACGAAAAGCCGCUGCGCACCAGGAGCUCUAGCCAUGGGAGGUGGUCGUCUGGAAGAGUUGUUUCUCUCUUCAUCCCAUGCAAAGAUGUAUACCGCUAUCAACACGGUUCUUAUUGCGCCAUGCAUUGUUGGCAAGUCAAAUAUGUUCCGACGCUCUCAUCUCGACUAUCUUACUGCUCCGGAUCCGAAGAGCUCUCGCCAACUGAAUCCAGGCAUUGACUACUUCUCGGACAAUAUCUGUGAAGACCACUUGAUCGGUGAUCUGCUUUGGAAGAACAAGGUUCGCGACGAGAAGGAGCAUGGCAAAUGCCUGGGCAAGCACGCACUGGUUUACGGAGAUCUCGCUUUUCAACCGAUUGCAAACAUGAGUGUUCGAUCCUACAUAGCACGGCGAGUGCGGUGGUUGCGCGUUCGAAAGUUCAUCGUGAUGCUUGCGACCUUGGUUGAGCCCGGCACAGAGUCAAUAUUAUGUUCGCUGUACGGGGCCUGGGGCUUCACUACUGCGUUAGCUCAGUAUCUCCAGGGCAAAGGGCUGGAUAUCGCUCAGGACCUCUCGACGUGGAAAGCCUUCUUCACGUUCUUCGGGCUCAGCAUAGUAACAUGGAACCUCAUCGAUUGGACAGUAUACAUAAUGCUUCACUCCGGCAAGACGGUCGAACGGGAUGAGAACACGCCGUUGUUUGUGCGACCUCCUCUGAACACAACAAGACGGCGGUACCGGUAUUGGCUUGCCGCUUGGCUUGGACGAGAAACACUCGCCCUCCCAAUCUGGUUGUGGGCUAUCUGGGGAGGCGUGACGGUUACAUGGCGUGAUCGCCAGUUCCGUAUUGGCCUCGAUACGAAGGCACAUGAGAUUCAGAGUGGUCAAGAUAUCCAAGCUGAAGGCUCCUACUCUGAAGAUACUAUAUACCAGACUUUUGGAUCCCAAUAG